AUGGAGCAAGACAACAGUCCCCGGAAGAUCCAGUUCACGGUCCCGCUGCUGGAGCCGCACCUUGAUCCCGAGGCGGCGGAGCAGAUUCGGAGGCGUCGCCCCACCCCGGCCACCCUCGUGCUGACCAGUGACCAGUCUUCCCCAGAGGUGGAUGAAGACCGGAUCCCCAACCCACUUCUCAAGUCCACCCUGGCUAUGUCUCCACGGCAACGGAAGAAGACAACAAGGACCACUCCCACGAUGAAAGAGCUGCACAUGAUGGUUGAACAGCACCUGGGGCAACAGCAGCAAGGAGAGGAGCCCGACGAAGCCGGCGAGAGCACAGGGAGCCAGGAGUGCUGCCCACCAGGGACCGCGGGCACGGGAGCGGACUCCGCGCUGGGCUCCUCUGGCACAGCACAGAAGCCUGCACAGCCCAGCCCCAGAGCUCAGGAGAGGCGCAGUGAGGAAGCUGGCACAGGGGACCCCACCACCCCGAAGCCACCGGACUGCCAGGGAGCCAGCGCGAGAAUCCACGUGGCCUUUGGGUGGGUGGUCCCUCGGGCCACCUCCACGCCCCUUGGAGCAGAUGUCCCGAUGGAUGGUGCUGAUGGCAUCAAGCACUCUGGCCUCGGCGAGGACCUGGGGGAAGAGGUCAAGGCCUGA